CCAAAUUUUUCUUCGUUUCAGUUUUGAUCGGGAAGUGAUUUUAAUUAAUUUAAAACACAGUUUUAAAACUGAACUUAUAAAGCCCUAUUUGUUAAAAUAAGUCCUAGUGGCGUUAUCAUUAAGAAGCUGUGUGAUUUCAACUCACCGGUAUGAUUUUACUCAGAAAUGUCAGAGAUAAAGUAUAAAAAAGAAAUUUUGUCGGCGAUAGACCAUUUGCGUUCAAGAAAAUCGAGACCAGACAUCAACCGAAUUUGCAAGUUUAUGUUAAAGUGCUACAAAGUUGCCCCGAAAUACACUAAAGCAGAUCUUAAACGUUGCCUCAAGGAGAAGAGUAUUUACAAAGUUGAUUAUAAAGAUAAUGAGAGCUACAGAAACGCUGCAAAGUGGCGAAGGAAAUCGAGCCAAAACAACAAAAUGUCAUCUGCAAUAGCAACAAGUGAACGGCGAAUAAUUACCUCGGCAAUAGCCACUCUAAUCUAUCAAGAUCAGAGCUACCUCGAGAAUGGGAUUGCAUUUGAUGAACUUGUACGGGAGGCUGCUUCCCAAGAAUCUAAAUACUCCAAGAAACAGUUGGAGACCAUUGUAAAUAAAGAGUUGUCUUCGGGUAGUCUUGUGAAGCUACCAAAUGGAAACUUGGCAUUGGGCCCUGCUGAUCAUGAUGGUGACAGUUCUGACAGCUUUAAGUUUGACUACAAUGUUGAGUCAAAUACUAAGAUGACUUCCUCAGCAAAUUCUUCAUGUCGAUCAUCACCCCAACGAAUGCGGGGACGACCAAAAAAACGCGGCGGCGGUUCCUCCAGUACUGGGCCGAGCAACAGCAUGAAUAGAAAUGCCGGCGUCCGAGUGGGUGAAAGACGAAAAAUGGCCAAAAAAGUCUUUGACCCGUCAGACAACAAUGUUCCUAGCAAACGCAAAAGAGGAAGACCUGUAGGGUCCCUUAACAAGAGCACUAUUAAAAAACGCCUUCUAAUUACGGGACAGGGAAGCAAGGACAAGGAAGGCACACCCCUUUCUGAAAGCCAAAUGUCUUUAGACGGAAGUGGCGAUGAGCUGGAGCAAGAUGAACCAACACCCAAUGAGACUUCUGGAGGAGUUUGUUCAGUAUGCCAUAUUCAAAAAUCUCGCGGAUCCAAUGACAGGCUUAUUGAAUGCAGAGACUGCAAUAAUAAGGCACAUUUAAACUGCCUGCAUUCAGGAUCUGGCAUAUUGAAACCUAGGCCAGAUAAUACCUGGCAAUGUCCACAUUGCAAAACCUGUGUAGUUUGCUGUGAGACUAAUGAUGCUGGGAUAUUAACAGUAUGCAGCAUAUGUUCAGACGCAUAUCACGCGCUUUGCCACACACCACGCAUUCCAGAGCGGCAAAAAGCGUGGGACCAAUGGGAAUGCAACAACUGCCUGGAGUCACGACCCACAGUCGUUGGCUCGCCGGCUAUCAUUCGUAGCAGCCUAGAGUACAGUAUUCAAGGAUCGCCUCCCGUCGAACCAUUCCUGAAACCCCAUGAGUUGGAUAGAUCUGAAUCUAAACUUGCAGAAGAGGUGCCUAUGGAUCCAAGGAUACCUGAUAUAACUAAUUGGACAACAGAUGACGUUUAUGACUAUUUUAUGGAGAAUUUUGCAGAAGCUGCUCCAUUGCUAAAGGAACAGGAAUUCGAUGGACAUGCAUUGAGCAUGGCACGGCGAGCCGACAUCGUGAGAGGCUUGGGGCUGCCUCUCGGUCCAGCACUCAACUUGUACCGCAUUGUAGUCAAGCUGCAAACGAGGAAAGACGACUGGACAAUGUGUUGGGGUUAGGUUAACCCGGUUAACUCUCUUAGACGCUAGGUAUAGUCAGCACCAAAUAGCCAAAGUGGUCAAAUAUAUCGGAACACGUCCUUAUACACCGUGGCUAAAAAUUAAGUGCAUUCCCGUUGCGAGAGAGGUUUUGGGAUUAUACUGAGCAACUUUUAUUAUGGAACCAACCGCGAAAUCGCGAAAAAAAAUUUGGCUUUCAUACGUUUUGGCUGGUCCAUUUUCUAUGGGAGGGUAUUUUUUUUUCGCGAUUUCGUGGUUGGUCCCAUAGUAAAAGAAGCUCAGUAUAAACCCAAAACCUCCCUGGCAACGGGAAUGCGCUUAUUUUUUAGCUACCCUGUAUACGGCUGACUGUAUCUACCAUCAUCUGCACAAUUAAAUGACAAUUCGUAAACCGUAUGGCGUAUUGCAAAGACAUAUGGUCCACAGAUAAUAAUACGACCGCCAAACAUAACGUGCCCAUGGGGCCAUGAAGCACCAAGCCAGACCUCGCUCAUACUCGCUUGCUCUCGAUCGCGUUUAAGGGCUACGAGGCUCAACACAUUCACUGCCAGCGACCCACUAGGCGGGUUCUAUGUUCGUAGGCGCUUUUCGCUACAUACAGGGUUUCCCAUGUUACCGGCUAAACUCGUAACCCGUAGCUCGCGCUGGCACUGAAUGUGUUAAUCGUGAGCGAGUAUAAGCGAGAGGACCGACUUAGUGAUUUUUCCCCCCAUCAGCACGUUAUAUUUGGCGGCCGUAUAGUUGAGUGUUUCUGUUAGUACCUGAAAGUUUGAAGUUACGUUAUUUUCAUUUAUAUUGCUCGAUUUUAUUAUAAACGUUGAGAAUGUUGAGAUGAAGAUAAUGAAACUAGAACUUUGUUGUUUUUGCUAAGACAUUAUCAAGGUAGCUAUCGUUUGCUAUUCAGGUAAUGGCAACUAAGAAAUAUCAUAUGACCCCUUUGACCAAAUUAGUAACUUGGCUCUAAGAAUGUAGUAUAGCGUUUUCGUAGGAAAUGUAAGUUGUGUUAUGAGAAAUACUGUCGGUAGUCGUAUGCUAAGUAUACAUAUUAUAAAUUAUAAUAUGUAUAUGUCAUGGUUUUACUCUAAAGGCUAAACCACACCACAUGCGUUAAGGGGCAAGCUAACUGCAUGGCAUUUGCAAUGACUAACUGUGGCAAUGUCAUAUUUAUCACAAAUUUCCAUGAAAAUAUGAUGUUUAUAAUAUAAAGAGAAUGACACUGCCCCACUUUGUUCUGUUCAAAUCGGUGCAGUUAGCUUAGUUCCUGUCUGUGUGUACAUGGUAACCCGUCAAGUAAAUAAUU